AUGGCCGAGACACACCACUUUGAUGCCGCCAGGCUAUUUGGAAUGAAGGGCAAGGUUGCCGUUGUGACUGGAGGAGGGACUGGAAUCGGUCUCAUGAUCACCCAGGCCCUGGCGGCCAACGGUGCAAAAGUCUACAUUACAGGCCGACGCAUGGAGGUAUUAGAGCAGUCGGCCAAGUCACACACCCCAGCCCCCUCGUCUGGCGGCGCCAUCGUUCCCAUUGGCCCCUGCGACGUGACCAAAAAGGACGACCUCGAGAAGCUCGUGACGGAGCUGAGCCAAAAGGAAAAGUGCAUCCACACGCUGGUCUGCAACGCCGGCGUAUCGGGCCCCAAGGCCGAACCCCACCACGAGGACGCCGACGACCUCAAGAAGCGGCUGUGGGAGAACGAGAGCGUCGAGGAGUGGCAGCAGACGCACCUGACGGACGUGACGAGCGUCUACUUUACCACGGUGGCCUUUUUGCCGCUGCUCCAGGCGGCCGUGAGACCAAACGGCGAGCUCGAGCGCUUUGGCGCCUCGGUCAUCACCAUCUCGUCCAUGUCGGGCAUCAUGCGCCACGCCCAGGGCCACUUUAGCUACAAUGCCGCAAAGGGCGCAACCGUCCACCUCACCAAGCUCAUGUCCUCUGAGUUCCAGCGCGCCGGCAUCCGCGUCAACUCUAUUGCUCCCGGCUACUUUCCUUCCGAGAUGACAGCCAAGGAGAGCGAUGAGAAGAACAAGAGUGAGGUUCCGGCCGAGAAAAUUCAGGAAAAAGGCCACGUCCCUCUCCAAAGGCCUGGCCGCGAUGAGGAAAUGGGUAUGACGGCGUUAUACCUGGCCAACAACCACUAUGUCAACGGUGAGAUUAUCGCUGUGGACGGUGGUGUACUGAAUGUCGUUGCUGGUCGAUAA